AUGCUGAAGUCCACCCCAUUAGGACCGCUUAUAAGGGAGGCAGCUUUGGAACCAGCAGAGGCCCUAUUAGAUAGUAAACAGCGGCGGUAUGCCCUGAGACUCCUAGGACUUCCCCAGGGGCAUCCAGCAGCAGAAAUACUCCCCAUAACGCUUAGGGAGGGAGACGCCCAUGCACAGCCUGGAGAGCAGCCGCUAGAAGACCGAGCUUGGGCAACACCAACCCGCCGAGGCCCCUGGAAGCUGGGCAUGGGCCUGGCCCGCAGGCUACGAGAGGCCUUGACCGCCGACCCCUCCCAGGGCUUUGAGCGUACAAUAGAGCCUAGUAAUAGGUCUAUACCACUAGAUUUCAGGAUAGACUCCCCUGAAACCGCUAUGCAAUUAGCCUCAGACCCCCUAAGUGGGAUAGGGAACACUGACCUUUACUCAGACGGUUCCAGGUUAGACGAUCAGCGCGUAGGCGCUGCGGUAGCUUAUAAGCCACUUAUUAGCCCCUGGAGGUCGCGCCUAGCUCCCCUGGGCGCAGGCUUCGAAGUCUUUGAUGCAGAACUAAUAGGAGUAGUCGAAGCCCUAGAGUGGGCGCUGGCAGAGAAUCUUAGAGGGCCAAUUAGGGUGUUUCUCGAUGCUCAAGCCGCUAUAGGCAGGCUUCAGCAUACCCAGCCAGGCCCUGGCCAAGCCCUGGCGCUGCGGGCACAUGAUCUAGCCAAGGAACUGCAGGCCACCGGCCGCAGGGUUACUAUAUGCUGGGUGCCAGGCCAUAAGGGGGUCCCAGGCAACGAAGAGGCCGAUAAAGCCGCCAAGAAAGCUGCGGGGAAGCCCCGAACAGGCAAAUACUCGGGCAUCUCACUGGCACAUGCUCAACGGGCCUGUACCGAAGCUUAUAGAGCUGCCAGGGCCAACUGGCUUGCUGCAAAGCUUGCAAAGCGUGCCCAGCGGGCAAGCCAGGCCUACUAUCCCCCCCGGGGAUGGAAGCUUGACCCAAUGUUGGCGAACACCCCCAAGCACCUAGCGCGGCGAUAUUACCAGUUCAAGACUGGCCACGCACCAAUUGGGGCCUAUUUGCACCGAAUUAAGGCCCGAGACUUCCCUAAUUGCUUGGGGUGCUCUAGGGGGACUGAGACGGUAAGACACCUUCUUACAAACUGUCGACAGUGGUGCCACCAGCGGGAAAAACUAUAUGCCGGCUUGGCCGAAGCGGGGGUAAAGGCCCUGCAGGAUAGCGAGCAGUGCCCCGAAGCACGCCUAUUCCAGGACCCAAAGGCCACUACAGCGCUGCUGGCGUUUAUAGGGGCCAUUAGGGAGCGAGAGGAUAACCAACAGGCCUGGGAGCAGGCCUAUAAGACUGAUAAUUGGGGCAUUGAGGCCCUGGAUGAGGGAGAGCGAGAGGGGGAAGGAUAG